CAACGCACGCACACUUAAGCACCCUCUCUUACAGUAUUGUACAGGAGAUACCGAUUGCCAUGUUCGCCAGCGUCAAGCUGAUGAGCGUGCUGCUCGUCGGUCUCGCCCUCCGGGUGACCUCUGCCCCACCUCCAGAGCGUCCUCAAAGCCGCUGGCUCGGAUACUGUUGGACCCACGAUUACAAAUGCGGCGGCAUCAAGGUGAAAGCGAUCGACGGCCCCUACCCGGGCAAUAUACAGGUCAGGGACUGUCUCAGCAUUGCACCCCGUUAUGAUCUCAUUGCGGCAUGCCUAGAUCCACGCUGCGUCAAGCGCUGCGUGCCUGUAGACACCAAGGCGGAUGUCUGUCUGGAAGGCGCUGCCCUGUACCGCUGCCUCAAGUUCGUCAAGCCCUACGCCGCUGCUACUGCUCGCGAUGGGCAUUUCAAUGUCACCACCGUUGACGCUCGAGCUUCGGACGAUGUCGAAGGCCGAGCUGUGGAGUAUGGUCAUAUGUUCAUUGAGCAGGACGGAUGA